ACUGGAAAAAGAACUAUCUUCACUGCGAUCAAUGUUAGCGAAGAAAGCACCACCUACCAACAGGUAUUUUCGAAAUCGAUGAGUUGUUUGUUCCAUCCUUAUGGAGUUCUAUAUGAAGUCUCUUUCAGCAAAACGUUUCCAGAUGUACGUUUUCGAAAUGAGGAAACUCGAAAACGAAUUCUGGUUACCGGAGGUGCAGGAUUUGUUGGUUCACAUUUGGUGGACAAACUCAUGAUGGAUGGCCAUGAAGUAAUUGCGCUGGAUAACUACUUUACUGGACGCAAACGAAAUGUGGAGCAGUGGAUUGGACACCCUAAUUUUGAGAUUGUGCACCACGAUGUCGUCAAUCCUUAUUUUAUUGAGGUGGAUCAGAUCUACCACUUGGCUUCUCCAGCCUCUCCUCCUCAUUAUAUGUACAAUCCCGUGAAGACUAUAAAGACAAAUACCAUAGGCACCAUUAACAUGCUCGGCUUAGCGAAGCGAGUCAAAGCUACUAUGCUUUUGGCUUCUACCUCUGAGAUAUAUGGAGAUCCAGAAGUCCAUCCUCAACCCGAAUCAUAUUGGGGGCAUGUAAAUACUAUUGGACCACGAAGUUGUUAUGACGAAGGAAAACGAGUGGCCGAGUCAUUGAUGGUCGCAUACAAUAAACAAGUGCGUGUUUUCUUUUUGUGCAUAUAUCCAGAGUCAUUGUUUUCUAGGAACGAGUGUCUAUUAGAAUUGCUCGAAUUUUCAACACAUUUGGUCCAAGGAUGCACAUGA